GAAGCGGUACAGUACUGUAUUUUUUUUGGUGUUUAUUGAGGGGCUGUUUACCAGCAGACGGGAGCCAUGGCCGUAUGGCAUCUGUUUACAGUGGUCUUGCUAGCUUGGAUGGUGCACCGCAGCCGCUGCUACGUGAUCGUCAACUCCGUGUCCUGGGCUGUCACGAACCAGGAGGAGACGGUGUCCACCGAGGACGAGGAGGAGGAGGGGGAGGUCCUGCCCAACCGCCUGUUCCAGAGCAGCAGCAACGGCGGCAGCAUCUGGAAAGCCCCCUACCCCGCCGCGGUCUACCAGCCGCAGCCACAGCAGCAGGGUGACAGCGGAGAGCCCAGAACCGUGGCAAAACUGCAGAGUCACAAAGAAGCGCACGGCUUCCCCUCCAGGAUGUUCUCCUACCGCAGAGAUGCGCUGAGUGUGAAGGGGUUCGGACAGACACCCUCCGAGUCGCCUCAUCGGAGGAGAGCACGGGUCGCACGCCACCUGCUUCAGUCCAGUAACUGGGGCUUCCUGGCCACCCUCUCCAGCCUGGAAAAGAUCAAAGGUCUGCCUUUUGGAAACAUUUUUUUGAUUAGCGAUGGCUCCACAGACAACAGUACUGGUAUUCCAUUUUUCUACGUCACUCAAGCAGACAGAACAGUUGCAGAUCUGACGAACAAUCCCAGUGCUUCUCUGACGUUGUCAGAAACUGAGCCAAAUUACUGCAGGCAAAAUGCCAUUAACAGCGAGGAUCCGAGAUGUAGCAAGCUGACUGUUACAGGCCAAAUGGUGACUGUGUCCUCUGACGAUACUGAAUUUGCAAAACAAGCCCUCUUUUCAAGACAUCCAGUGAUGAAGAAGUGGUCUCAAGAACAUAAUUGGUUCUUUAUGAAAAUGAAUAUUCAACAAGUAUGGCUCCAGAACUGGUUUGGAGGGGUUACCAUAAUCCCAGUAGAAGAUUAUUUCAAAGCCAACCCAAUGAGGAUUGAAUAGGUUUUAAAAGAGCACACAGAAGAGAAUAAAAUAUUGUUUACAGUUUUUCUGGGUAUCCAUUUUGUAUCUUCAGGGUGGAAAUCCUGUAUUUCAUUAUGGGCAUACUGGUUGGGUAUCGAAGGAACAAGAUAUUUAUUACUUUCAAGGGCAGCAUUGAUUGUCCAUCCCUAAUUUCCCUUGUGAAAAUAGUAAUUAACCUUCUUAAACCCCUGUGUAGUUCAGGUGGUAAAGGUACUACCAUGGUCGUGUUGUUCAGAAAUUCUGGGAACUGGGAGGAGAUACAGCAUCUUUGCAUCUUCUCCUUGCAGUAUUCAUUGCUUACUCCAUUACUAAUUGCAUUGAUGUGCUGUCAUAUGCUGCAAAGAAUGGGUAGCUACAUCUCAAUUCUGUAGUUGAUUUUGUCCAUAAACCAAAAAAUACACAAAAAUUGUGUUAAGUGCUUACACAAAAAGAUUGUGGUUUGGAACUUCUCAUUAUUUUAACAAAAUCCUGCGAACUCCUAUGGGAUUUCAAGUUUGCUUUUCUGCCUUGAGAUUAACCCAUAACAGCAUGCAGCUUCCAGAAUUUAAUUACAGAAUACUAUGGCUUGAAUUAUUUAUUCCGCAUUAGUGUAUAUUAGUAUAUGUUAACCAUACUGCUUGCUUGAAAUAUUUCAAAUUUCAGGGAAGUACAUUAGUUUGUUGUAGCAUUUUAUGAUUGUUUGUUAUCAAAUGUCAUGGAUUUUGAUAUAAUAUUGUUACAGAAUGGUAUUUUAUCCCAGCAAUGUAUUUACAUGUCAUAUGUUGAAAAGCUAUGAUGUGUAGAACAGGUACAGACAAGAGAGUGUUUUGUAAUAAGCUUGGUAUUUGUUGAAACAUUUAAAGGUUUGUGCAAGCAGACAUCCAGUGAUGAAGAAGUGGCCUCCAGCAGUUUCUGUGUACUGCGUGGCCAUGGUAUGAAGCCCAUGCCUAAAAUCAUUUCAAAUGUGCAGGGUGCUUUUGACUCAACUACCUUUUGGGUACAGCUGCUAUGUUGAAUAACCUGUGGUGAUUCACAUAAUUUGUAAUGGAACAAAAUGUUGUACAUUUGUCAUCUUACGUACAAAACUUUUCAUGCAAAAACUUGCCCAAUUUGAUUUCUUGGAAUAUUUAAAAAACACAUGAAAGGCUUUCUGGGACUAAAUAAUGGUUAAAGCAUUAUGAAAUGAAUUGAUUUCUUUUCCCUGUGUUUGUUAAUAGUUAACUAAACCAGAUAAGUUAAUUAUUAAUUAUUAUUGACAUUUUCAAGUUACAACAGUGGAAUUUCAUGAGAAUAUUGCAGUGUCUUUUGUCUGUGGAUCGAUGACUCAUUCUUCUGUGCUAUGACUCUGUCUCUCCACCUAGAAGAUUCUUUUUCAAAACCUCGCCCUUUGACAAGCCACUUCCAGCCACGUUGCCUUCCAAUUCCUUCAUGUUUCUAUGUAACACUUUAAAAGUUUUUAUUUGAUUAAAGGCACUGUAAAAAUACAUUG